AGUUUUUAUGUGGCUUUUCCAAGUAAGUCUGCAGUCUAAAUGGAGACCAAGAUAUUUCACUAUAUUCUGUUUCGGAAUCUGGACGUUAUUUAAAUAAAUUGGAGGACGCGAACCCUUUCUCAUGAUGCGCAAAACUAUCCCCUGCCACCAAAAGGAUUUUUCAUGCGGCCGUCCAUGCGGAAAAGAAUUACCAUGUGGUAAGCAUUCAUGUCUCUUGCCCUGUCACAAAGGUGCAUGUCUACAAGACGGGAAGACCUGUAGUCAACCAUGUGCUACGCCUCGUUCUUCUUGCAAUCAUCCUUGUCGUAGCCCUUGCCAUGAAGGUAUUUGCCCAGACACACCUUGCAAAGAAAAGGUAUUGGUUUCAUGUCAAUGUAAACUCCGUUCCACAACCAGAACAUGUUCAGAAACGUCGCGCGAUUAUCAACGAAUCGCUUCAAGCUUAUUGGCUUCUAAAAUGGCGGAAAUGCAGAGAGGGGCUACAAUUGACAUUCAAGACAUUCUUAAUAAUCGUAAUGUUAAUUUAAAAACGUGAGUAAUAAUAAGUACUAAGUGAUUUAU